GAGCGAGUCCACAAACAGAACCACAACAUGAUGGACCCACACAGCAGCCACCCUUGAAGAAACAGGGGUCUGACCAGCGGACAUUGCGUGACACAAGCAAGUUUCCAUUGUCUGAUGAAGCAAAUACUGCUUUUCAAGCCCGAACAGGACCGAACCAUUCGUUCCAACUCUGCUGGGGGUCACGUUAAUUAGUUCGUCGUAGUUUGAGGAGAACACACUUGAAAACGCGCCUCCGAUCAGAAACAAUGGUUUCUUCCCAGCUGUCUGCGCGUGCAAAUGAGUUUGACUGACGUACAAAUGAGCGCACCCCCGACGAGAAGGUAGACAACAAACACCAUGGUGGGAGGAGACUGCAGGUCUGAACGGGCAAGACUGUGAUCCUCAGGGCAGAAGAAUGGCUCAUAAUGUUAACUUUAACCUGAACGACCUCCAUAUGGACGCAGUACUAGAGAGCCCAGUGGACGAGGAAGUUGUUCAUGACUCAUUUAACCAGCUGAUAGCAGAGCAGAGUCAGGAUGAAGGACAGUACGAUGCCUUUGAGCUGCAGCAGUUGCAGAGAGACCUGGAUGAGGAGGGUCGAGACGAUGUGGCCUAUCUAUCCAGCCCUGGAUAUGACUUUGAAGACCAGAAUGAGGAUUGGGACAGUGAUGAAAGACUGACAGACCCCCUGGUGGAUGAACGCUGGUCCUCAGACACCUUGAAGAUUUUGUCCUCUAUGCCCAGUCGCACCAUUGGCCGCAGCAGGGGAGCCAUCAUCUCUCAGUACUACAACAGGACUCUGCAGCUUCGGAGACGCAGGCAGAGCAGACCCUCCAUCCGUGACUUCUCUCGCUCUGCCAGACCAAGCAUACUAGGCUACGGCAUUGAGACAGAUUCCUGCACAUAUGCAAUUGAUGCAAAGGUGAGUAAAAAGGAACAGCUGGUGAACAAUCUGCGGAACCUGGCAGUGGGUGACAGAGUCCGGAUGCUCAGAGAGAUGCCUCUCAGUAUGUCUGAUAAGAGUGAUCUGAGGAAGUCAGUCUUGGAUAGGGAGACGCAAAUAAAAUCCAGCAAGAGGGUCACUUGUUGCAGUGACCUUAAAAUUUGCGUUCUUUCUGCUGUGAGGCGAGGCUGGUACAGCUGGCUGUCCUUCCUGCACUCCCUCCACUUGUGGCAAGUGGCACUCAAGAGAGUGGGUGGACGAUUCGGCACCGGAGUGCUCUCCUACUUCGUCUUUCUCAAGACCCUACUCUUCUUCAACCUUUUCCUGUUCCUAGUGACUGGUACAUUCUUGGUUUUGCCUCAAGCAGUGCACUCUCCAGUGUCACCCACUGAGAAUCGUACUUUCAAAGGACUUGAGCUCGUCACUGGAGCGGGCUAUUUCUCAGAUACUGUGAUGUAUUAUGGAUACUACUGUAACGACACGCUACGGAUGAGUGGCAGGAAUGAUGCUAGAGGACACAUUAUGGCCAAUGGAACCAAGCCUGACUGUGUGUGGAAUAACCUCUCUUACAACAUGCCACUCGCAUACUUUUUCACAAUAGGAAUGGCCUUAUUUUUCACAUGUAUCAUCCUUGUCUACAGCAUGUCUAAGUCCUUUGGUCAAAGCUUCCGAAUCGACAAGUCUCAAAGUAUCCUCGCCAUGAAGGUCUUCUGCUCCUGGGACUUCAGGGUCGUCAGGGAAUCCUCUGUCAAACUCAUGUCUGAUAAUAUCUGCACCCAGAUCAAGGAGCUGUUGGCGGAAGUGAAGCAGGGAGAUACCAGCACCACUGUGUGUCAGAAGCUGUGGAGGAUGAUGGUCCAUGGUGUGGCAUGGACUAUUUGCAUAGCAGCCACCAUUGGCAGUGUGUUUGCCAUUUACUACUUCUCUGAUUACAUUCAUCAGGACCUGCAGCAACUCUCUCGGAAUAGGAAUGCCAACAGGAACCCACUGUUGGACGAGGCCAAGCUGCUGGCUCUGCCUGUGGUUGUGUCACUCAUCAACAUGCUGCUGCCCGGCCUAUUCAACCUUGUAGCCUGGAUGGAGGAAUACGACUCACCGUCUACGUACACAUAUAUUUCCCUCAGCAGGAACCUCAUGCUGAAAGUAAGUGUGCUUGGCAUCCUGUGUUACCACUGGCUGGGUCGGGUGGCUGCUGAUCCUCAAAGUAUUGGCCUAACGUGCUGGGAGAGUUUUGUUGGCCAGGAGCUUUAUCGCUUUCUUCUUAUGGACUUCAUCUUCACUGCACUGGACUCCUUGUUUGGAGAGUUCCUUUGGAGAUUGUUCUCAGAAAAGGUGCUAAAAAGAAGGAGGAAACCAGAGUUUGAUAUUGCUAGGAAUGUCCUUGAACUAAUCUACGGGCAGACACUGGCCUGGGUUGGUGUUCUCUUCACUCCACUCCUACCUGCAGUGCAGAUUAUCAAGCUCUGGCUGCUCUUCUACAUUAAGAUGGGCAGUGUAAUGAUCAACUGUCAGGCUCCAAGGAAACCGUACCGAGUCAGCCAGAUGACCACCAUCUUCAUCACUCUUCUCUGCUUUCCCUCCUUCCUCGGGGCCUCUGUUUGUGUCACAUACACCAUGUGGAGCAUCACACCCUCCUCAUCCUGCGGCCCAUUUCGCGGGCUCAAAACAAUGAUCCAGGCAGGGAAGCACUUGAUGGAAAAACUGGAAAAAGACAAUCCCAAACUGAGUGUGCUGGCUAGGGCUCAUGCCUUCCUGGUGGAAAACCCUCUGUUUCUGUUUGUGGGAGCAGGCAUCUUUCUCAUCGUCAUCUACUUCCACAGUCAGGUGGUAGAUGGACAGAGGACAAUAAUCAGUUUACUACAGAGACAGAUAGAAAAUGAGGGAGAGGAUAAAAAGUUUUUAAUCACUAGCCUCCAGUCCAUCCAUGAGAAUAAGCGAACUCAAAGUAGAAGACCCCGACGUCAGGACUCAAACUGUUGAGAUGGCAAACCCUGACACUAUGAGCCCAGUCUUCUCACAUCUGACAAUCACUGCCUAGAAAAGUAUGUAACAUAACUGACACAUGUACUGGCAACUGUAAAUAGGAUUAAAACCAAAUGGUUUAUGCAUUUGGUGGGUUGUAAAGUGGCUAAAAACUAGUCAUGUCUAUAUUAGGUGAAACAAAGCUUUCUGUUUUAUAUAUUAUCAAAUAUAGAUGAAAUGUUUGACCUUAGUCACAGUGGACAUUGUAAAUGUUAACUGUGCAAGACAACAAAACUGAGAAAAGAUUAAACAAUUGAAGAGGUGACAUCUGUUUGCAGGAAAACACAAUAUAACCGUGUCAUUGGAUUGAAGAGAUUCAUCAUCUCUCAGAGAAGCACUUUCAUACUAAAUGUGAACAGAUUUUUUUAUUUCUCAUACAAUUUUCUGUUGUUUUUAUACUUCUGUUAUAAAAUAGUUUUUUUCAGUAUGUUACAGAUAAACUGGAUGGUGUUGGAUGUAUGAGUGUGAUUAAAAAAUACAAUUCUGAGCUGCUGAAUGCAACUGUAUUGUCAUAGUAUUGUAAUUAAAUUAUGUUUUUAUCUUGUG